CGUAAACUUCUCAACCACCAAGGACGAGAAAUUUAAAUUACGGAGCCAGCCACCGCCCAGCAGAGUAGAAGAAGAAGAAUAUCUGAAUAUAUAACAUGGAUGUUCGUUUCAGAAGACCUACCACCACCAGAGAAUUGAGAGAAAGCAGCACAGACAGAGCCGAAGUUAUGCAGCAGCCACCAAGAGCCAUAAAAAAACUUCAAGUUGUCUACUAUCUCUCAAGAAAUGGCCAUCUCGAGCAUCCUCAUUACAUGGAAAUCACCCACUUGGCCAAUCACCCGCUUCGUUUGAGAGAUGUAAUGGAUCGGCUGACUGCUCUUAGAGGCAAAGGCAUGCCCGCCUUGUACUCUUGGUCUUGCAAAAGGAGCUACAAAAGUGGUUAUGUGUGGAACGAUUUAGCCGAAAACGAUAUAAUUUAUCCAGCAGAAGGAGCUGAGUAUGUACUCAAGGGAUCAGAGCUAGUUGAAGGCUGCUCUGCAGAAAGAUUAGAUCAACUGCAAAUGAGUAGCAACCAACAGAUGAUGCAGCAGCAAGACUCAAACUUUGGGUCCAAAAGGAGAUCUCCACUCGCUCCGACUCGAAGCAGAGGACAUGAUCAUCAUCAUCGAGAAGCAGACAAGUAUCGGGAGGAGGAGGGUCAAGACCAAGACUCUGAGGACGAACAAGAAGAACAAGAACUGGUGGACUAUGAGGAUGAGAAAACAAGCUACACCAGCUCCACCACCCCCCAUUCUCGCUGCUCCAGAGGGGUCUCCACAGACGAACUCGAAGACCCUCCACAAACCCGCAAAAGCCCGACUGUGUCAACUCACCCCGAGUCAUCACCGCCUCCUCCUCCAACUCCAACCCCAUCAGUUAAUAAUAUAGCAUCAAAUCAGCCCAGCCAGCGCACCAAUCUGUCCACAUGGUUCGAGGACGGCGACCCAGUUGUGGUUUCGGAUUCCAAGUCCUCAGCACUGCAGAGCAAGAACUCUGUUUUGCUUCAGCUCAUAGCUUGCGGGAGCUCAGCAGUAUCCAAAGCAAAAAAUGCACCAUGUGUGAGUCUGAAGCAACACACAACAGCGACAGAUCAUGUGAAGAAGAGCAGCGAGAGCUUCCGGAAAGAGGUUGUGUAUAAGGCUGCAGUGAAGGUGGCGGUGGCCGCGGAGGAGGACAUGAUUAAAUGCAUGUCUGAGAAUCCAAGGUUUGGGAAUUUACAGGCAGAGGAGAAAGAGUAUUUUAGUGGGAGUAUUGUGGACGCCAUGAAAGACCAAGAUCGAGUUUUGGCUGAACCUAGGCCUGGGCUUAAAAGAUCAAAUUCCUACAACGAAGAAAGGAGCACCAAGGCUGGGUUUGUUUCAGAAAGUGUAGAAGAAGAGAAGAAAGAGAAAGCAGCGGUGAAAGGGAAGUGCAUUCCUCGUAAACUAUAUUCUUCUGCUGCAUCAAAACAAAGCAAAAAAUGAUUGUUAAGCCUUAUAAUUUGUAUGACCCAACAAAUAUGUAAUUACCAGCACUGGUCAGGGGUUUUACUUUUACUUUGGCUUCCUAUAGUUAUGAAGAAUUAUGGCAACGGUUGGGUGGAAAGUAAAAGCUGUUGGGAAAGGUGAAAUCUUUCCUUCGAAUUAAUUUGAAAACGACGGGUGGUGUGGUUCCCUCUGCGACUCUCCUUAUAUCCAUGGGUUUGUUGCGGUACGUAAUCAGAACAAGAAGUAUGCAUGCAACCGGGUAUACCAUCCUCUUCAUAUAUAAAAAUUAGUACAGAAAGAAUAUUUACUUGUUUCUCCUUUUCGGCCAAAUGGUUGGCCGACGAGGAUAUUUUUGCCCUUCUUGUGAACGUUGCGUAGACGUGCCACCACCAAGCCACAGAUUGGGUUGGAUACUCAUCCUCGGGUAUAGUAAAGUUAAGAUCGCGAUUCUUCUGGGUUAUGAAUGUAAGAUCAAUAUAUAUCUUUUGUGCGUAAUUAGUGUGAGAGCAGGGACCCUAUUGUAUCCUAAAUGGUGGUGUUUGAUAAGAAUACUUCCCAUCAUGUAAUCCUUAUCACCACGAAACCAUAUUAUUCAUAUCUUUAUAGAUAUAUCUACUCAAAUCAGAA